AUGACCCUCCCGCCAGAGCAAAUUAACAUCAAGCGCCGCCGUGAGGAAGAGCCCGUGGAAACACUUUAUAUCCAAUCCGCGCUGCACCAGACCAAGCGUCGUUUCACGGACUAUGUCUUUCAGCGCGUCACGAUCAGUAGCAAGGACGGUGAUGACUCCCAGUCCCCUCCAGGAAAUCCGGCUGCCCAGCGCCUCCUGCGCAGCCCGCGGUCCGUGAGCAGCUUGCAUGUUCCCAACCGCCGCGCGGCACAGGCGAUCUCAGCCAGCGGCGUGCCACUGGUUCGUGCUACGUCUCCAGGUGCAGAGAUCCGCGAAGCGCAGCGCAUGGCCGCUGAGCGAAAAGACGCCGAGGAGCAGCGCCAGCGAGCGCUCCAGCCACAGCGCGGUAUGGGGCAGCCCGCUCCUGUCACGGGUCUCACUUUAGGAGAGCAAAACCCUCCGUCUGUGAUAUCCUUGUCGACUCCCGUGCAGUCCGUGCGCCGCUUCCAGAUUUCAAGAUCUAACAGUUCGAGCCUGGGCUCCCCCCGCAGCGCCGGCGGCAUCCAGAAGCGUCGCGCGGAUGGCGCAGUCCCGGGUGUGGCCGUUCUCGUCGAACAGCUGCGGCGCCAGCCACACUCGCGGCAGGCCUCGAUGGUGGCGGAUCUGGUGGGGGUACGACCCGAGGAAUUGCCCACGACCCCCGUCAAACCCAGGAAACGGCCUGUCGUGAACCAGGCCGAGAAGCGGUGGCGCGAGGAGCGAAAGAGCGCUAUCUCCGCUGCGAAGCAGCAUCUUGCCGAGACACUGGAGAAGUCUGCACAGGCGAAGGAGAGUACGUGGGAUGAGGAAACGGAUCGUCUCGCGAAGGAAUUCGAGCAGGUUGCGCUCGAGCUGGAGCAGGAGCAGAAUAUGGAUGUGGAUGACCAUGACCAUGGCACGGACUUCACCCAGACCGCGCAGCAGCAGCAGUACAAGCACAUACCCGUGGCCCCGCCUAAGCCGAUGAAAUACCAGCCCCGUCCGCCGAAACAGCCCCGUGCUGUGCCGCAGCAACCAGCGCCAGAGACGGAGGUGGAGGAUGUCGCCCAUGUCGGCACUACUGCAGCACCGGCCGAGGAAGAUGACGAUGACUACGUCUAUGACGUGUAUAUUCGUCGCCCCCUGGCGGAGAGCGACAUGCUCAGGAACCCGCUGGCUGAGCUGGAGUCCGAGCAACAGAUGAAGCAGCUGGAGGCAGCGAGCCGCGGCAUUGGUGUAAUCGUCAUUACUGCCGAGGACGAGGAGUAUUGGGAGCAUUUCGUGGAGGAUGAUGAGCAGGCGUGGGAUAGCGAGGAUGCGGACUCGAAUGCUGAAGACAACCCUGCCAACGACUACCCGGACGAGGAAGCCUCUUCAUCGGACGAGGACGAUGACCCGAGCAACCGUCGGCAGCGCGGUGCAUACGAUGAUUGGGACUCUGAUAUGGACGGCUACGGCAGUGAGUACGGCGACCGGUACAGGUCCGGCUAUGGAUAUUCCCACCGGUACGGUGGGAAUAGGGACUCAGACGAGGAUAGCGGCUGA